CCCAGUUAUCGCGUGAACAUUACCUUCUAGCCCGUAACUCUGGAAUCAAACUGGAAUUCUUCAUUCAAACCCAGCAAAUAUACAUGUUCAUCAUAACCGACUCUGAACUCAUACACAUAUUAGUCAGUUUUGAAUGCAUAAAGUGAUUUUUUUAAUUCGGGAAUCAAGUUUGGCCAUGGCAGAAUCAACGAGACCUUCGACUUCAAGGCUGAAUGUGGAUAGAGUGUCGGUAACUUUUGCCGAUGACGUCGAGGGGGUAAUAUCCAGAAAAAACUCAGCGAGGGUGUCGAUAAUGGAGAAUAUACAGUUGCCAAAUGAGACAGCAACUGUACAAGACUCCGAUGAAGAAGAUUACUCAGCAAGUGUGAAUGCUAUAAUACAAAGAAGAGCCUCUACUAGACGUUCCAAGAAAAGAAGAGAUAGUAGAAGAGCGAGUUCGCCAUACACACCAGAUGUAUUACCUUCAAGUGGAAAUGAGAGAAGAAGAUCAUCAGUUUUUACCACCAGUUCAGGAGACACGGCAAUAACCGUUGAAGAUACGGCACAAAUAACAACUCAAGACCAAAUUUUCGAGAAUAUCAAAAUUCAUAAAGAAGUGUUGCAAUAUGUUAAAAUGCAACCUUGGGAUAUGAGAAAGAAACUGAAGUUGGUGAUUCAAGCAAAGGCUUACAUUAAAAAACAUGAAGGUGCUCUUCAAGAAAGACUGGCACAUAGUGGUUCAACAAAGGACAGGUUAGCAAGGUUCUACAUUUAUUUCUUGAAGAACUGGCAAAAAUUUCGUAGAGAAGUUAGCAACAGAUCUACUUGGUUCAUCCCAUGGGAACAGAAAAUCAAAGAGAUUGAAUCACAUUUUGGGUCUGUUGUUGCCUCCUAUUUCUUAUUUUUGAGAUGGUUAUUUUGGGUGAACAUUGUAAUCGCAGGAAUUUUACUGUGUUUUGUGACAGUUCCGGAGCUGAUCACAGCAAAUCCAAAGGAGGCAGGAGAUAGGAAAGUUAUUUUACCAGAAGAAAAAUAUUCUUCCACGAACUUCCUCACUUUAUGGGAUUUCAAAGGUUAUUUUGAAAUAUCACCUCUAUUCUACGGAUGGUAUACUAACAGUGAUAAUAAUAAGAAAGGAUACAGACUCCCCCUGGCGUAUUUUAUAACUGGUUUGGUCGUUUAUGCUUACAGCUUUUUGGCCACUCUGAGAAAAAUGGCUAAAAAUUCGAGAAUGUCCAAACUAUCGGAAAAAGACGAUGAGUGCAUUUUCUCUUGGAAAUUAUUUACUGCUUGGGAUUAUAUGAUUGGCAACUCUGAAGCUGCUCACAAUAGGGUUGCCUCAAUAGUUAUGGGUUUCAAAGAGGCACUUCUAGAGGAGGCUGAGAAAAAGAGAGAAGUAAGAAACUGGAAAAUAACGACAGCAAGAGUUUUCGUGAAUAUAGUCAUUCUUGGUUUAUUCACUUGCUCUGCUGGAAGUGUUGUAUAUCUUGUGAAACGUUCAACCGAAACAGAAGGCCAAACAACGUUCUGGCGGAGAAAUGAAUUGACCAUCGUUAUGAGUCUUAUAUCACUAAUAUUUCCUAUGCUGUUUGAUGCAAUGGGGUAUUUCGAAAGUUAUCAUCCAAGAAAACAAUUGAGGAUUCAGUUAGCAAGAAUUAUGCUUCUGAAUCUACUUAAUUUGUACUCUUUGAUAAUUUCACAGUUCGACAAAAUUCAUGGAAUGAGUGAUGAUAUGAAUGAUUAUUUCAACAAUCUUACAUCACACAAGAGUUUGGAUUCCCUAGAUGAUCCUUUCGAAAGACCCUUCAAUAUUCCAAUUGACAAAGAUGUGGUCUAUUGUUUCCGAAAAUGCUAUCGGAAUACGACAAAAGCUAGUAAACCACUACUAAUAGCAUCACUCAUUUUGAAUUCCUCUAUUAUUAGUCAAGACAACUUCUCCAAUACCAUUACCUUCAACAGACCUACAGCUAUUUUCUAUAACUCAACGAUGCAGAAAAUCAACUCUUCAUCGCUUCUUGAAUACAAUUCUAAUGACGACUAUCCAAAUUAUAAUGAAUAUUUUGCUCAAGAUGGAGAAACUGAAUCAUCUUCCAAUGUUUCAUUCGCCACCAAUCCAACACCAACUGAAGUAUUUAAUGAUACCAUAUCAUCAUCCGAAUACUACAACGAAAUCAACAGUUCCAUUUUAUCAUCAACAAUUGAAUUAGAUUUAACUUCUUCUUAUACCGAAGAGAACAAAACAAGUUUGUCCAAAUAUCCCAUUGAAAUAGAUGAGGACGAUAACAGAGACAAAUAUACAGACCAUCUCACCUAUGUUUUAUCUAGUUUAGAUGCUAAUAACACCGAUUUAUAUUUCGAAAAUAACUCAAUUCAGAUGUCUACAGAACCUACUCCUAUUUCUACAACUUUUGAUACUAGCUCUAGUCUUGAAUCUGAGGAAAUGGAAGCUUCUUCAGCAUUUUCUGUUGAAUCAAGUUCUGCAUUCGAUGAGUUUACUACAGAAAUGAGUACAGAAGAAACUGUGGAACAUACUUCUACAUUCAAUGAAAUUACUGAGGAUGAAAAUGAAAUAAUAUCAACAUCUACAACUACUGUUUCAAAUCCAGUUGAACCAUCGAGGAAUAUUGAAACACAGGAAAAGACCUGUGACGUUCCAUCUGAAGAUACCGAAGAUUCUCAACUUUGUGAAUGGGUUUGCGAAGAAGAAAAGCCAAUCAACAUGACCGAAGUGGGUUAUCUCAUACGUAAAAUGAACAAUACUGACAGGAAGAAACUACGUGCCUUAUGCUGGGAAACUAUGUUUGGUCAAGAUUUGAUCAAACUGACGGUGAUGGAUCUCAUAAUGACAUUUUUGUCCACAAUGGCCGUAGACUUCUUCCGAGCUAUUUUUGUAAGGGUAAUGAACAACUGUUGGUGUUGGGACUUGGAGAAAGUAUUCCCAAAAUACAGCGACUUCAAAGUGGCCGAAAAUAUUCUACAUCUCGUUAAUAAUCAAGGCAUGAUUUGGAUGGGGCUGUUUUUCUCCCCAGGUUUGGCAGUGGUGAAUGUAGUGAAGUUAUUUGUUCUAAUGUACUUGAGAGCAUGGACAGUUCUUACUUGCAACGUGCCACCAGAAGUGAUCUUCAGGGCUUCCAAGUCUAACAAUUUCUAUUACGCCCUCUUGCUAAUGAUGCUUUUCUUGUGUGUGCUUCCAGUAGGCUACGCAAUGGUUGUAAUAGAACCAUCUUGGUAUUGCGGUCCAUUCUCUGGAUACAAAAGAAUGUACACUAUACUUACUGAUACUAUAACGAAGAUAACACCGCGAUCUUUUGAUCAUGCUCUGCAGUAUGCUGCUUCACCAGGGAGCAUUAUUCCACUUCUUGUUCUUCUAAUUUUGAUCAUUUACUAUCUGACAUCACUGGCAAGUUCUCUCAGAGAGGCAAAUGCGGAGUUGAAGCUCCAACUGAGGAGGGAAAGGACUGAAGAAAGAAGAAAAGUUUUUCAGUUAGUAGAUAAAAGAAGGCGGGUAGGAUCUGCAGGUUCAGAUCCAAAUAACCCUUUCAAUAAAUGGAAAAAACUAUUGAGCACAUUUCCUGCUGGCAAGAGUGUUGAAGAUACAGCAAGAUUGGAAUCUUUCGAUCAGUCUCUACAGAGUGAGAGUGUCAAAGAAGGAAAAGAUUUCUUCACAAAGCUCAUCAAAAAAGCCUUAGGAAAAUCCCCGGAUUCAGAUAAUAACAACUGCAAUAUAGAUGACGCUUCAGAUUUAGACCAACAAGAUUCCUUGCCACAUGACGUCAGUAAAAAUCUCGACGAGAACGAAGCUACAAUCCCAAAACGAAGAACUAGCUCUUCCACAUCGAGAAAUUUACGCCAAAUUGUUGCUAUAUUAACAUCUAAUAAAGAAGAGGAAAAGGAUGAAACGAAAGUGAAUGAAGGACCCGUUGAUCAGAAUAAAUCGAAAGAAACUGGAAAAGACAUUUCGAAUAGACAAGAAUCAGUUUCGUCAAACUGGUCGGAUAAUAUUCCUGUUAUUACCAUCAGUAAUAUAGAACGUGUAGACAGAGUGGGGCAGCAUAUUACAUCUUUUGUUGGUAAUGAGAAAGCAAAAAACUCCCCGACCUUAUCAGGAAAAGAAAAGUUCAAACCUAAAGUUAAGUAUGCAUUGAAGAAACAGAGCACCGAGAUAGACGAAGAAUCCAUACGUCAUUUCCAUAAGGACAUCAUGAAACAGAGAUCUCAAACACUAGUACAUGAUACUCAUCGAGAUGACAGUACUGAUUCCUCAGAAAAGGCGAAAAAUGGAAGUGAAAAGGCUCAGAAAUUAGAUAAAAGCAAAUCUCCAGCCACUAACGAUGAAACCAGAGUUACUUUCCGAAACAUAGAUUCGGACAAUUAUAGUUUAGAUCGUAAAGACUCUGUUUUUUAUUGAAGAUUAUAGUUAUAACUGAUGUGAAUUAAUUUCUUUUAUUGUUCAUAUAUUCAAUCUUCAUAAGCUAUCUAUUUCAAAUGACAACAGUUUCGAAAUGCAAUAAUAAUAUCAAAACCAUUGUAUUCGGUAUGAAUGCUAUCGAGUUAAAUAAUAAAAAAAAAAAAAU